AGUUCCGCCGCUGAUGACUAACUAGCUAGUUUGUUGCUGCUUCAGCAACAGCUGCUACAUUAGCUAUUAUUUUGUGCUCCUGUCGAGUUUGACACGCUAGUGACUAGCUGUGGGACGGUGGCCAGCGGUGGGACGUGGCUGAAACGAGGCCAGGGAGGCAAAAACUAAUAGUUCACUGUCGGUUUCUCACUGAAUUAACGUUAGAUAAAUUCACAACCUCGCCCACUCUGCUAGCUAACGUUAACUAUUAACCUUGGUAGAACCGUCCCAUUGGUCUACUAACAGCCCAUGAAGCAGCUAGCUUACUCAACCAAGCUAGCUGGAGCUUGCACUAUACCGAUUCACCUGAAGUUAUGCCACUGAGGUGUAUCCACUGUUAAACUAUCACAAUGGCAGGUUCCCAGUGGGAACUUCCUCCAGAGCUUUGUUGUCGGCCAAUGGCCUUCGUGGCGCUCACCGGUCUGGAUGUGGUGUACAAUGCUGUGCACCGGGCCAUUUGGGACGCCUUCUGCGCCAACCGGAGAGCUGACAGAGUUCCUAUCUCUUUCAAAGUCCUCCCAGGAGAUCAUGAAUACCCCAAAUGUCGCACUAAGCGAACAUCCUAUGAGUGGUACAUUCCUAAAGGGAUCCUGAAAACAGGUUGGAUGAAUAAACAUCUGAACCUGGUACCAGCUCUGGUUGUUCUAUUCUACGAGCUGGACUGGGAUGACCCACAGUGGAAAGAGAAGCAAUCUGAAUGUGCAACUAAAGUGGAGAUUGUCAGGACCAGUCUGCAGGGAAGGAACACCAAGGUGGCUGUGGUUCUAAUCCAAAAGAAAACUCCUCUACCUCCAGGAGAGGACCUGGUAGCAUCAGAGAGAGCAGCAGCUCUCUGUAAUGCCUGUGAUCUGUCUGGCAAGAGUCUCUUUGUGCUGCCACACACUGAUCACUUAGUGGGCUACAUAAUAAGGUUGGAGAAUGCUUUCUAUGAACAUGCUCAGACAUACUACUACACUGAGAUCCGUCGAGUCAAAUCACAUAAAGAGUUCCUCAACAAGACAACACAUCAGCUGCUGUUUGUCAGACACCAGUUUAAAAUUGCCUUCUUCAGUGAGCUGAAGCAGGACACCCAGAAUGCUCUCAAAUAUUACAGAACUGCAUACAGUCUUGUUCAUGAGCUGAGGGCCCAUGAGACCAAUAUGUUGGAGAUCAAAACUAUGGCUGGAUUCAUCAAUUAUAAGAUCUGUCGUCUGUGUUUCCAGCAUAACACUCCUCUAGAUGCUAUAGCCCAGUUCAGGAAGCACAUUGACCUGUGUAAGAAGAAGAUCGGCAGUGCUGAACUGGCAUUCGAGCACGCAGCAUGGAUGUCUAAACAGUUCCAGUCAUUUGGUGAGCUGUUUGAUGAAGCAAUAAAGUUAGGUCUGACAGCCAUCCAGACACAGAACCCUGGUUUCUACUACCAGCAAGCUGCCUGUUACAGCCAGGACAGGAAACAGCUGGCACAGCAGCUUUGUCAGGCUGGAGUCAGCCACCCCCCCUCCGAACCAGUGGACACCCAGAGUGGGGGACUGGACUUCUAUGGCCAGAGACCUUGGAGACAAGGACACCAGAGUAUUGAUCCUCCAGAUGCUGAGAAAGAGAAGAGUGGGAUUCUGGCCCUGCAGAUCAAAGAGAGAGAUGUACCACAUUCUGAGCUGAUAAUAGCACUUCUCAGUAAUGCUGUCGCCCAGUUUAAGAAGUACAAGUGUCCUCGAAUGAAGAGUCACCUCAUGGUGCAGAUGGGAGAAGAAUACUACCAUGCUAAAGACUACACCAAAGCCCUAAAGUUGUUGGACUAUGUGAUGUGCGACUAUCGCACAGAGCGAUGGUGGGGCCUCCUGACAGCCAUAUUGACCACUGCUCUGCGCUGUGCUUAUCUGAUGGCCAGUGUUAAAGACUACAUCAUAUACUGCAUGGAGCUGCUGGGCAGAGCUUCAACCUUGAAGGAUGAACAGAAGUCGAGGAUUGAGAAGAAUCUCAUCAAAGUCCUGAUGAACGAGGUCCCUGACCCCGAGCCGGAGUGUGAUCAGUCCUCUGCCAGUGCAGCCAGGGCGCUGUGGAAUGACCGCAUGGCUUUGUCUGGAUCAAAUGAGUUCACUAUAGAAGUGCAGGACUACAUCCCAUUCAUCCAGUGUAAGGCCAAGUUCCAGUCUCCCAGUUUCCAUGUAGACCAGCCCAUCCAACUGCAGGUUUUCCUCCGAGCUGACUGUCCUCAUCCUGUAUCAUUCAACAAGCUGGCUGUCAGCCUCAGUAACCAGGAGUACAACCAGUGGUGUGUGGUGGAACCUUCUGGGCAAGAGAGUAUGAGCCUGUUGCCAGGAAAAACCAAAUGCUACAACUUCAGCUUUGUGGCGAAGACUGAAGACGUUGGCAAGAAGAUAGAGAUGACAGGCAUUGAGGUGAUGCUGGGCAGUGACAGUGGCCGCUGUGUGUUUCUGAGCUGGAGAGGCGCGGGUGGAGAUGCAGCCUCAACCCACGAAGCCUUGCAGGCCAGCAGGUCAUCCCGUCGAUGGGGGCGGGGUCUCGACGCACAUCAGGAGCUGGACUGGGACAGCCUGACCAUGCAGCACAGUACCAUGAUCAUCUCCAGAGUCCCAAAGAUCUCUGUUCAGCUGAGCCACCAGCCUCCUGCACUCAACAAUGAAAUGUAUUGCAUCAGCCUCAUUGUCCAAUCCCAGGAGGAAGGUGUGGCGAAGGAUGUCAAGCUGACAGCUGGCCUCAAACCAGGCCAGGAUGCCAAUCUAGGCCAAACCACGCAUGUAACACUCGAUGGCUCAAAGGUUUGUGAUGACACUGCACCUGGCCUGCUCCCUGACGUUCCUCUAGGAGAUCUCAAACCAGGCCAAAAGUUGGAGAGAUGCGUAUAUGUGAAAUGUGUGUCAACUGGACCACGGGUCUUCCUGUUCCAUGUGGCAUACAGCAUCGAUACCACAGUGGAAGGACGUCAGAUUGUCUGCAAAUGUCAUAAGGAUGAGACAGUUACCAUAGAGACGGUGGUCCCAUUUGAGGUGUCUGUCAAGUUUAUGUCCACCAAGUUUGAGCCACUGGAUCGGGUAGCCGUGGACAUCCCCUUCCUGUUGAUGACAGACAUCCUAUCAACGUCACCUUGGCCUCUUCUGCUGGCUUCCUCCUCUCUUCAGCUGAUAACUAUGACCACAAACACACCACAGCUUCAGUCACAGCUACAGGAUGUUGUUUUGCAGACAGAUGAGUGUGCCAGUGAGUGUUUCUGUCUCCGGUGUCCACCAGUGACCAGCAGCAAUAACACUGUGGCUACAGGGCAGUACCUGAUAUCAUGGAGGAGGAAGUCCGCCAGUGCAGACAGUCCACUCAUCCAAACUACAGUCACUCUACCUCACGUCAUCCUGGAGUCUGUCCCUCUUUACAUCCACGCUGAUCUACCAUCAUUUGGGCGAGUCAGAGAGUCUCUUUCAGUUCGUUACCACAUAGAGAACAGAACAGCUCUGGUGCAGGAGGUGGAGAUGGCUGUUGAACCGUCUGAUGCCUUCAUGUUCUCUGGACUCAAACAGGUGCGUCUGCGUAUCCUCCCUGGCUCAGAGCAGCAGAUGCUGUACAACUAUUACCCACUGAUGGCUGGUUACCAGACUCUACCACAGCUCAACAUCAGCCUGCCCCGCUGCCUGACCACCAACACACACACACUGAGGCGCUUCCUGCCCCAACGUAUCUUUGUCAAGCCACAGGGUCGACAGCUGGAUGAUGCCUCCAUCGCUGCAGCUUGAGAACAACACAAACUGUUUACUGUAAAUAUGACAACAUUGUGAAGCUUGCUCUAGAUGUAUGAUUCCACGCAGAUGACAAUAUUAACACUAUUUGUUUCACAUUGUUCUGUAAACACACACCAGGAAAACCGUCUGUUGACCAAACAUCAGGAGAAAACUGUUUUCAGUUUUCAGUGUGAUGACUUGAUGAGCAUGGUGAAUGAAGGGAUACACUGAUGUUCAUUAACAGUGGAAAUCAUGUAUGAAUCUGAUGUGAGCUCAAUAGAAAUUUUGGGUGAAGUGUAAUACAUGAAAACUGAAUGUGAUGAAAGUUUAAAUAAAUUGAAAUGAUGUAAA